AACUUACUUCCACAAACAUGUAUUUGAAUAUGAUUUGGUAUUUAAUGUCUAAUUACAUUAUGAUGACCGGGGUCUUGGCCACUCCACCCGCAUGCUUUCUCAGCUGUAUCAACGAAAUGGCCCAGUUCUGUGUUGGUGGCCAUACUGACAUCAAGUGUCUCUGUGGAGACCAAGACUCGAUUCUUGGAUGUUUGGUUGAUAUAUGCCCCUAUGGCACGUUUGAGGCAGCCAGAGACCACUACUUUGGAACCUGCUUGGAGCACGGCCAGCCAACUAACGGAAGGUAUCCCCCUGGGUAUUUGCCUCCCCAUAAUACCACAAAGCCAAUCAAAACCAAAACUUGGACUAUCACCCGUCCUUCAUCCACUGAGCCUGGAAGUCCUGCCAACACCAUCCCCAGUGACAGUUCGGACACUGCCCUGGGCUCAGACACCGAUUGUGAUGACGAGGACUGGGGGUACGAGAAAACCGUAUGGGAAGAAGAAGAGUCCGUGGACUCUCAGGGUCGUACGGUGAUCAUUCGGAAACCAGUUCUGGUACCUGAAAAGUACUUGCAGCCCCCAUAUACAGAUCCCAAGCGAAGAAAAUUGAUUAUUUUGGUGCCUAUCCAAGUAGAUGAGGCUAGCCUGAUCUAUUCUGGACAAAAGCAGAAUACCAAAAAGCAGAAUAUCAAAAAGCAGGGGCGAACUUCGUAUGCCCGAUCAGCCCAUUAGCAUUCAUCCAUCGCCCGUUAUUUUAGCAGCUGAUAUGUCCGUUUGUCAAUAUACAACUUACUGAUGGUUGCUCUAGGAACGCUCACAAGGCCCACCUCUCGACGGUUCAGCUUAUUAGUCUCGUACACAUUGGACAUCAACAAGUUGCCGAAUGGGUCCACCACCGUCAACACCCCGUCAAGGACACGGUUGUCACUCAACUCCACUCGCAAACUGCUACCAAUGAACUUCUCUGGCGCAAUAGUAGUCAUAGCUGCUG